ACGAGAAGGUCGAGCGCUAGCACGCUCAAGUGGUGUGGUAAUAUACCGAUCGUGUAGUAUUCGAGUUCCGUCAAAUGGCAACAUUCAUUCCGUGAAUAUAAUCCCAAACGAUAUUUAUUUCUUCUGUGUUUUUCGUGUCAGUUUGUGAAGGAUUUUUGCAUGUGCGCGGAUUGUACAAAUGGAUAGAGACAAGUUGAUCUUGCAAAUUCUCUUGGAGGAUUUUUAAUCGGUUUCGGUUGCUUUUCGCAUCGGAAUUUCUUUUUUGUUUGUUUUAAACCAUCGGAAUGGCUGAUCCGCAAACCGUCAUCGAAGGAACUCUGAAAUACAGAGACAACAAGAAGUGGAAACCACGAUGGUGCGUUAUCAGAAAGUUAUCACCUGUAGCAGAUUGCCUACACUUGCAGUUAUACCGAGACAGUAAGGACCGCUGCAAAAACGGCCCCACCAAAGCCUCACUGUCACUCGAGGGUUUCCUGGGCAUGGAGACGGGUUUUACUUUAGACAAGGAGAGCAACACCAUGGCCCUCAUAUGUUCCGAGGUGGUGGUCGUUCUGGCUUUUGAUUCCAGGGAACUCCUCAUACAGUGGCAGGUCAAAGUGAGAGCCAACUUGGUAGAAGAGCACCAGUUUUUGGUCCAGAUCGCUUAUGUUCCGGUGAAAAGCAAAUUGGCAUGUGGUCCGGCUCGGUUGCAUUUAUUGGAUUACAUGUUCUGCCUCACAGCCGGGGUGCCUCCAAAGCUUCUGGGCAUAUGGCCACUGAGGGAGCUGCGCAGAUUCGGGGUGGUGGAUGGAAAAUUCUGUUUCGAAGGAGGGUCGAGAUGUGGUAAAGGUGAAGGUCUCCAUGUUCUUUUGACUAAUCAAGCAAAAGAUUUGGUGCAAGCUUUUGAUAUGGCGUCUAGAGGCAGAUUACCUGGAAAAAGAAAAGUUUCGGUCAGGAAAAAUGCCAGUGGAGUUGAUGGCAACACACAUUCCUCAUUGGGUGGAGGAGGCAGACCUUGCAGCGGGACUGCCACUGGCGAGAACGAAAAAAUAGAAACUUGCAGCUCCGAGUCUUCCACCAAACCGCUCCUCAGUUCCGGUUCGGAUGGCAGUGACGUGGGGAAAGGUGUACGCCCUUGCCACUUCCACUACAGGUGGCCCUCUUGCAUCGUUCCCUGUGGUUCAGCUACCAGAGGUGAGCUUGGCGUAGAGGAUGGUGCCAGAACGAUCGCCAGGUCUACAAUAGGGAGCCAUGGAAGAAGUACGGACGGACAAAUGCUAUGGGCUGUUGGCCACUGUCAAGGCUGUGGUGUCCACUACUGCAGACGGAAUACGGGAAACGACAAAGAAAACACAGCUCCGGCGACUGGAGACGAACCUACCGGGUUCACCCCUCAAUGGACCAUGGACCUAGGGAUUGUGUCCCCUUCUGCGGACGGCACUACACCCAACGUCCAAACGAGAACUUGCUCAAGAAAUAGAACCAAAGCCUCGCCUCACGACCGGUCAUCGCUGUGCUCCCAGAGCAGCCAGAGCAGCGGAACCAGCACCGGUAGCAAUACGAGCUCUAGCAGCGGUAGUAGCAUGUCCGAGUAUUCAGUGCCUAAAAAUUGUCUAGAGGCCUUUUAUGACAGACCAAAAAAUAUACACCACCAGAACACACCGGGCUCCAAUUUCCCGUACAAUCGUUUAAGCCUUACUGAAGACAAAGACAGAUUAGGUCCCAUACGAGAAGGGGGUCCGUGCACCUGCUGGAAGCAACAGAAGACAUCCGAACCUGCUUCGCACGAACUAUUACUAUUUGGGGGUGGCCUAUUAUGUUCUUGUUGGGGAAGGGCCAGCAUGGACGUGGACAUGCCUUCAGUGAGUAGCAGUGGAAGCAGCAACGCCUCACCUUCCACAUCACCCAAAAAGCAGAUGCCUUUGGUAAGCGUCCCCAUACUGCUGCCAUGCACAUGUGGGAAAGUUUCCAACAAUCCAUACCUCAACUAUGCUGUACCUAGAUCAGGAGCUCCUGUGAAAGGAGUCAAAGAUGAAGCAGGAAGUUCUGAGAAAAAGAUAGAAACAGUCACAACUAAGACGGAGGAACCUCAAGAAACAAAAAUUAUUAAUAAAAUGGACAACACCAACAUUCCAGGCGAUGAAAAGGAAAAUAAUGGAAAUACUCUUGGAGGAGGUACCUCAACAAAACCUAGUCAACCCCUUCAAUCUAGUUAUUACCAACAACCUGUGUGUUCCUGCCAACGCUUGCUUUUAUGUCCUGGAAGCCUUCUUCCUUCGUUGAAUCAAACUGGCACCACCGAUACAGCUAGAAGAUUGGCUGGAAGAAAUAGCUCAGAAUAUGGAUCUGUAAAUCCCAAAGGAGCUGCUGGUCCUCCCCCUCCACCUAGUGGUAAUGAAAAUUCAAAGCAACGCGGUGGCAGUGAUCACAAUCUCAAUUGCCGUUGUAGACAACCGCCUGUCGUAUGUCCUGUGGCUGGUCCUGACUGUGGAUGUGGACGCGUUCUUGGCAUGCCUUUUUUAAAUACAAUUGGAGCACGUGUUGGUAGAAAAGACAAUGCUAAUCACAUUUAUGUCAACCUCAAAUAUCUUCAAGAAACAGCAGCGGCGGCCUUAACAAGUCAAGGGGUACCAGGAAAACUCAUUCCAUAUUACGCGAAUUUGCAUUUCUUGCAAACCCUGUCUCUUUAUGAAAACGCUGAAAUAUUAGAUGUCAGGCCUUCACAUAUAAUUCCUACUCCAUUUCCGGAUGGUACGAUUCCUGAAGACAGUGAGAAACCUCAAGAAACGAUUCCUAAAAGACCUAAGAAGAAAAUUGAAACCCCAUCAAAUAAUGGAGUAUACGAAAUGAUGUCAUUUAAUCAAACAGAAUUUCAGUCAGCCUCUGGUGGGAAUUAUUUACUGAUGCAACCCGGAACGUCAGAGACCAGAGAGCUGACUAUUGCUGAAGAUCCAUCGACGCCUGUUUCAUCGCAAACUAGUAGUGCUGAUUCCUCAGCAACGUCAAGUUCUUCAACAACACUAACAGGUAAUACAGUAAUUGAAAGCGAUGCUGUGCCACAAUCAAUUUUGCCUUUAAGACCUUUCAUGCCUGUUCUGUUGCCAUUCCAUGACCAUACAUGUGAUUUGAAAGAGAAUUCGGAAUGUGAGUCAUCCUGCGGAGGCCGGAAAUGUGGAUCUGAGCACUGUCGUUCAUCUCGCUCAAAUUCGCUUGGAGAUAUAAAAGUAUCAAUGUUUAAAAGGGGACGAUCCAGUUCGACGGAUGGCAGACAGGAAGGGGUGACUCCAGAAGAUUUAGGAAGUUGUCAGCACGCAACCUGCUCAACGGCAAGUCCGAAAUCCACACCUCGCAAACAUCCACUUCUGACUAAAUUAACUCUUCGGUCAAAAGAGAAAUCUUUCAGUACAGAUGAAAUAACACCUCCAUCAUCAGCCCCAUCAUCACCAGACAGUUUGUUCUUAGAAAGUAUUCAAAAAUAUCCAUUUCAUAGAUCUGCUGAUUGUCUGCAACUCAAUGAAGAGUAUCGUCUCUCAGAAGAAGACUUAUCACAGGACCCAGAGGUUAUAAUGAGCCAAAGCAUGGAUAAAAGCCUUAGUCGAACUCCAGUUAGCAUCAAACGCUCUUCUAGUGUUCCUUGCAAAACGAAUCCCAACAAUCAGCAACAGUCUCAGCAUCAUUCAGCAAGCUCAACUGAUUCAGGGAUAUCAACUCAUCUACCAACAUCAGUCGGUGGUCAGGGUGCAGUAUUUUCACAUUUUAUAGCUUAUCAUGGAUCUUUGCCUAGAAGGCAUUCUGGGAAUGCAGCUAACCGUCAUCCUGUUCCAGAUAGGAAGUUUUCUGCUGGAGUCGGAGGCAAAGCAUCACAAGAACAGAAAUCAAGCUCAGAUCAGUCGAAAAUGAUUCUGAUAUCAGAAUGCAAGCAAUGCCACCAGUUCGUAACAUCCCCCGAUGGUGUACUGGUACUGGACGCUAAAAGCAUGACGUCUAGUUCCUCUUCAGAUAUGUCUGACUACAUAGAAUCGCUUUCAUUGUGCUCUCGCAGCAGUAGUGGAAGCGGAAGCAGUGGUUGCGGUGGUGUUGGAGCCAGCGAAUACGUCCGAACUGAUGACCUCUGCAGUGCCCUGAUGAAAAUUCCUACCUCUUGCACAAGCUCUCUAAGACCCCGAUCAGGAAAGGAGUACCAUUCUUUUGAUAGGGUACUUAUACAAGAUGGCUGCCCAUACAUUCCUGUAACAGAUUGUUCUCAUCUAAACCUCCCAUGUUUAAAGCCUUUCACCGAUGAGACUGGACAGUUCAAUCCUACAGAGGAAGUGGUCAAUGACAAUACAACCAAUGCUUCAGAGACUGGUUCCAACAACAAUGUAAUCAACAAUAACAAUGCCAAUAAGACGAACUCUCCUUCGCCAGGAUACAUAAGUUCUUCUCCUGGAAAUGUGGACUUCCUCUCAUCUCCAGAAAAAACGUCACAGUUUACGUUCCCCAAAGAAAGUUCCAAGGAGCUCAACUAUCUGGAAGUAGUUUCUGUUGGUGAUUCUGAGCCUACUAGUCCUAUAGUAAAGCAGGGGUCGGUGCAAUACGCCGUGAUUGACAUGGUGGCAACGUCAGCGGCGAGGAAACUAAGUUCUGAAAGGGCACAGCUGCGAAGUGAAGGGAGAAGUCCUACUCCCACGGAAUGCAGCCCCAAGCAUACUUGUAUAGAUGAUGCUGGUGCCAGUGAUAAAAAGUGAAUAGUUUAGUGGAAUAAAUGGGAGAACUAGUGAAGAUUUUUUCAUCCUGGUGAUUUGGUGUUUGUAGAAAAAAAGUGUGCUGCAUCAGCUACGGAAUCUAGAGGAAGAGUUUCUGGUUAAUGAGGCUCUUAUCCAUAAGCUGGGGCUGCGUUUAUGUCAUAUCCUGCAAUCGCAUUCUGAAGCGGUUAUAGAUGAUCUCAAGAAAUAUAAAACGAACUAUUUUUAUAUUUACAUUCACAUUUCUCUCAAUACUUACUGUUCGCCACUGGUACUUUGGAUCUUUGAUACGGAUAUAUAUAUAUAUUGAGAAGAUUAUAACAGAAGAAAUGUCAAGAACUAUCAACAUAAGACUCAGAGCAAUUUUUCGCAUCUGUAAUUGCUAUCUCUAAAAGAAUAAACGUAUCAUUGCUACAAAGCAGUGCAAACAGGACUUUUUUUAGUGUUAGAGACUAUUGAUGGAGAAUGAUAUAACGUAUAACGUCAAGUUGAUGUGCGUCAGCUCAAAUUCUUUUUUAACUAAGAACAUGUGAAUCUCGUUUUUUUCGAUGUGAGAGAUUGUUUCACAAUGAAUUUCGAUGGUGCCUACUUAUAUUGUUUUAUAAACACCAAUUGGUCCCUUUAAUCCUGAUAUUCAUUUUUAGAUUUUGUAAAUGAAUGGUGAAAAAAAAAUCUUUUACUCUUUCUUGUAAAUAUUCCAAUGUAUUAUGAUAUUUCUUAAAAAAUGUGGUGAAAUUUUUCGAAUAGAAUUUUUGUCGUUUUAAUA